GUGUGUGAGCAGGCCGGCCGGUCUGUGCGCACAUGCUCAGUGAGGUUAUUUUUGCGCACAGAGGCUUUAAGAGCGCAGCGGCUGGAGGCAGACGGCAGCAGAGAGCGCGGAGAGACGCAGAGAGAGACACCGGGAGGAGAGCAGCGGGGAGCCGAAUCGGCCCAUCAGCUGUGCGUCUCCGCCGACCGACGCAUGAACCAUUACGGACACCGCCGCGGCUCCGGCUCGGUGCUGCUGGGCGCGCGGAGCUAAAGGCGUUUUACGCGCAACCGACUUAUUUUUCUACUCUUGUUUUUUUUUAUAAUCUGUCAUCAUGGUGCUGGGUAAAGUCAGGGCCCUGGCGAUCUACUUUGACAGCCUGAAUGAGAACAACCUGCCGGCGUUCUCCGGUGGAGACCUGGUGUCCGGCAGGGUGGUGGUGGAGGUCACCGGCGAUGUGCGCGUCAAGAGUCUGGACAUCACCGCGAGGGGAGUCGCCAAGGUCCGCUGGACGGAGUCGAGGAACGCCGGAGCCAACACGGCUUACACCCAAAACUACACCGAGGAGGUGGAAUACUUGCACCAUUACGACACGCUGAUAGGAGAAGAGAGAGGUAAGGAGGCACAACAUGUCACCGCCAACAUGUGUGAGGCUGCAAACUUUAUCAAAACGCGCAGGCAAAGCCGAAAACAUCCCCCCGAUGAUGUGAGUGACAGUGGUACUGAUGCAACAGCUGAUGCGAAAAACCGCUCCUCUGUCCUCACCUCCGAAAAAAAAGAAAAAGAAAUCAAUUAUUUAGUUAAUUUAAACAAUUUCACAUGUUUAAAUGAUGAUUUUUACUCACAAAAAAUGAUAAAUAAAAAUGUUUUUGGCACAGUGGCGCUCUGACAUCUCAGUCUGCU